GGAUGGAAACCGAAUGAAAGAAAGAAAGAAAGACCAGAAAGGCAAACGCAGUAAGGCAAAUGAAAAUUAGUUUAUUCCUAAAAUCUCGAAAGACCCUGCAAAACUAUGAAGGAGCAUUAGAAGCUGCCGAAUGUGCAAUACAAUCUGACAUAGCAACACGAGCAUUAUAUCAAAAUCAAAAAAUACCUGUUAUAGAGGAGGUAUAAAAACAAAAAAAAUAAAAAUAUACAUACGACCAAAUCAAGACAAGCGAUUUGGCUGCCAAGCAACAACACAAAAACAAAAAGAAGAAAAAUUUACACAUUAAUUUGUCAAGAACAGCAACAAAACGAAUACGCAUCAUGAACAACGGCUUCAGCACAGGCGAGGAGGACUCUCGAGGCCAUCAGGAUCAGACUUGCUGCCUCAUCGAUGACUUGGAAAGGUGUCGAAAUCAGGCUGGCUAUGCCAGAUAUAGCAAACGUAUCCAAAAGACGGUGGCUCAAAAGCGCCUCAAACUGAGCAUUGAUCCCAGUGCCCAGCAGAAUAUAAACAUAUGCGAUUACCAUAAGGAGCGUAUACAAUCCGUGAGAACGAAGCGGCGACGCAAGGAUAGUGAAGAUGACAGCAAUGAAACGGACACAGAUCUUCAUGAGUAUCCCGAUUUCUAUCAGUUGAGCGUGGGCACACUACGCCGCUAUAAGCGUCAUUUCAAGGUCCAAACGCGACAGGGCAUGAAGCGAGCACAAUUGGCCGAUACUAUUAUGAAGCAUUUCAAGACAAUACCCAUCAAGGAAAAGGAGAUUAUUACAUAUUUCGUUUAUAUGGUUAAAAUGGGCUCUAAUAAAUUGGAAAAAAAUGGCAUUGGCCAUGAUACCACCUGAACAAAUUGGAAGCAGAUAUCUAAUAAUGCCAAUAACAACAACAACAACAAACAACAACUUGAUAUGGGAAACUGGAGAACUGUGAUUUUGGUGUUGCUGGGAAAAUCUCCCCCUCUCAUUCGCACACAUAUUGUCAGUGUCGGUCAUGCAUUUGCUGUCGUCAUCACCUAUUCACUACGUCAGCGCAAGUAAUAUACCAAACAGCCACCCACCCCACCCUACCCUGACCUCCACAGACAUACAUACAUACACACUCGCUCACUUAACAACCUUGUCGGUCCUUCCUCCGAACGUCCAACUCCCAGACAAAGAAAGAAAAAACAGCAACUGGUGCUCCCGAAAAAAAGAAAGAAAAAACUAAAACAAAAAAAAAUAGUUAAAAGAAAAACGUCAACAAUAAACAGAAAGAAUAAAUAUUUUGCAACUAAUCAUAGCAUUGAUCGUUGUUAAUAGCUCUUUACAAUACAUAUAUAUAUAAUGAUAUAUAUAUACAUUUAGUUUGUACAUUAAAAUUAAAUUAACAAUUACGUAAUUAUUAAUAAACUAUGUAAAUUUAAAACAUCUAA